GCUGCCGCGGGAGGACGGCGACAAAAAUCCGGCGCAGUAGCGUCAUGCCUGCGAUACAAUUGAGCUCGGCGAAAACACGAACAAUCCAAAUCGCGUCGGCGGCUCUGCGCUCCGUAAUCAACAGGUGUCAACCGUGCCGGGCUUGCAGAUGGGGGUGAUUUGUUGAUUCCAUUUGUCUCGGCUGGAUACGAUCAUACCGAUCAAAAUGAUGGACAUCUAGACACGCAGCCGUCAUGUCAACCCCUUCGGGGAGAACAUGACUCCUGUCUCGGGUGAUAAGAUCAUGGACGGUCCCGGUCACGAAGCGGUUACGGUCCGGUCCGGUCUGUGUUCAACGCUGCGACUUAUCUCCGCGCCAGUACCAUGGGUGCGGGUGCCCUGUGAAAAUGAGGUCGUAAAUGAGACAUUGCAGGGUAGCGUCAGUGUCAUGGCGACAGGUUCAUGUGAGGGUCAACCAGAAAGUUGUGAUGUCUCAGGCGUCCGGCAGCGAGGUGACCGAGUGUUGCAACAAAAGAUGGUUGAUACCGCGAGACGACCUGUGGCCAGGCAAUGGAAUUGCAACAGGCUUUGCGAGGGUGACUCGAUUAGUCGCCUAUCCAGAACCCAAAGCACACCACCGCAUCCAGCCAUGGAUACCCAGCAAGCACCAUGCUAUAAGCUCGAGCUUCCAUGUGCCAGCAAUAAUGUUCCCCUGACACAAGGGAGCUAAGUGCGUGAGAGUGGAUGACGUAGCAGCGACAACUUCCCUACAAGCCUGUCCCGUUUGCUGUGACUGGUAUACCUCUUGACCGCUUGUCUGGUAAGCUGUCGUAUGUUGUAUCCCGCCCCCAAAGCUGGGAAGCUUCGGCCGGGCAUCCCUCCGGUUCACCACCGUACAC